AUGUCAAUAAAUCAAGACGCAGGGACAAGAUUUCGCAAUGUUCACACAGAAUGUGGGCGUGUCGGCGGGACAGAAAGUUGCAUACAAAUUUCCGUACUGUCUUCACUGCCGAUGCUGAUAAUGCGAGGAGCAGAUGAAUCUGUUGGGAUGUCCAGUCAUCCGAUGGUUCACGUCACGCAGCCGUCAACAGAAUUCGCUCAGUUUUUAUUACAUUUGUUCGAUUCUUCUGGACAUCGCGUUUUUAAGGAAGACAUAAAUAUUUACGACAGUACAAAAAGAGAAAAUUAUAAAGAUGAAAUUGAUUUCAAGAAAAGUUGUCAUUCAAUUCGUGGUAUAUUAUGUUUUGAUGAUCUUCAGCGCAUUUGUAUUGUGUUUAGUAACGCUUUCAUUUAA